AUGGCAAGGCCGGAGAGCCGCCUGGUGUCUCUACCGCUGCCUCGCAUCAGAGUGAUCGUGAAGAGCUUGUCCGACGUGACCAAAAUUAACCAGGAUGCCCUGGUCCUCACCACCAAGGCCACGGAGCUUGUGACGUACUUGGCUCCUUACUCCUAUAAACAUGGGUCCAGCAAAGACGACACGCUCACAUAUCACCACUUGUCAAUCACGGUAGAGGAAUCGGAGACCUUUCAGUUCCUUUCAGACAUAUUGCCCAAAACAAUACUAGGCAACGACUACUUGAUGAUGUUGCAGAUAGAAGAGGAAGGUGAUGAUGAUGAUGAUGAUGAUGAUGAUGAUGAUGAUGAUGAAGACGACAAGGAGAAUGAUGAAGAGGAAGAGAGCGACGAGACUGAUGAGAAAGAUGGGAUUUAUGAGCAAGAUGAGAAUAAAGAGGAGGAGGAAGAUGAUGAGUAA